CGUUUAUGACGUGACAGGAAAGACUUACAACGUUAAUAAGAACAUAGUAACGUAAGUCUGAAACGUGUAGGAGAAGUCGGCUGUAACAUGGAUGAUGAUGGGAAACGAAUGUCUUUGUAUGGUAAGAGUGAACCAAAUCCAGGAGAACUAGAUGGAAUAUGGAAAAACGUAUUGUCAAGAACGGAAAGAAUAACAAGAAAUCACUUGGCUACAGUCGGAGAUGGCUCGAGGCAUUGGCGAGGCAUAAAAACGUGGUCACGGUCAGAAUUAGACCCUGUUUGUACUACCGUAUACGACCACAGAAAACGAGAAACUGUUGCUGAUGUAUUAUCAACUUAUGACCGCCUUUUUCACAUACAAUAUGGAUAUGACAGUAAACUGCAUCGUGACGACAGGGGCAGGAUACAAACUAUCGGGUUGUCAGUUCAAGACGAGGAACAACAGAGGUUUAUACCUGUGCUGUCCUCGUCACAUUACGGAAGUCGUCUAGAUAAACCAUUGGAGUCUUUCUUCAGGAAACACAGCAAAAUAGAACAUAUAUUGAAAGGUUUUUAUUACAGAAGAGGAACUGGAUUACCUCCCUGUGAUAUCUAGUUAGAAAUAAACUUAAAGAACGUGGUGGAAUCAUA